CCGUAAACUGCGACUCCCAUCGUUCCUUGCGUCAUUGUGUCAACAUGGCGCCUGUCUGCCGGACAAAAGGCGAAUGUGUUUGACGGUGGAUUGAAACCCAAUUAUAAACAGAGGAGACAUUUUGGGAAUACUGUCAGUGUCCGUGUGUCCCGGCGCCCCGAGGCAAAGGCUAUAUGGUAAAAUAAAGAUCUGUGGAGGCUCUUAGACUGGAAUAUUAAGGAUGUUCCAGCAGUGUGAGGAGCCUCGUUUCACCAUCGAGCAGAUUGACCUCCUCCAGAGGCUACGGAGGACAGGUAUCACACAGGUGGAGGUCCUCCACGCCCUGGACACCCUGGACCACCUGGAGCGCCAACAUGGACACAAGUUGACCCAUAAGCCUCCCUACAUGCCUCCCUCGUCUUCCUUGUCUUCAUCCAGCGCCGUCGUUGCUUCUUCUUCCAUGACUUCCACCGCUACUCAGACAAGUUUCCCUAACAGCCGGCUCUCACCGUCACCUAAUAACAACUUCGACACCACCUCCCCCCUUCUACCAAUUCCAGUAGCAUCGCCUGUCGCCAUGGCUGCGGUAGUCCAGAAUGGCCUAGUUGCUGUCACCAAUGGGAAGCUGUCACCUCCCCGGUUUCCCCUUGGUGUUGUUAGUGGCAGUGUCGCAGCGCCAGGCUACGGGUUCGAGACCAGCGAAGAGGACUUAGAUGUUGAUGAAAAGGUGGAGGACUUGAUGAGGAGGGACAGUGCUAUGAUCAAAGAAGAGAUUAAGUCUUUCCUGGCAAACAGGCGGAUCUCCCAGGCUGUGGUUGCUCAGGUAACGGGGAUCAGUCAGAGCCGGAUCUCCCACUGGCUCCUACAGCAGGGAUCAGACCUCAGCGAGCAGAAGAAAAGAGCCUUCUUUCGCUGGUACCAGCUGGAGAAAACCAACCCUGGUGCCACUCUUGCAAUGCGAGCCGCCCCACUGGCUCUGGAGGAGGUGAUGGACUGGCACCAAGCCCCGCCCUCAUUUGGCUCAGCCCCCGGGGGCUUCCGCCUGCGGCGAGGGAGCAGAUUCACCUGGAGGAAGGAGUGUCUGGCUGUCAUGGAGAGCUACUUCAUUGAUAACCAGUACCCCGAUGAAGCCAAGAGAGAGGAGAUUGCCACCGCCUGCAACACUGUCAUUCAGAAACCAGGUAAGAAGCUGUCCGAUUUAGAGAGGGUGACAUCUCUGAAGGUCUACAACUGGUUUGCCAACCGCCGCAAAGACAUCAAGAGGCGCGCUAACAUUGAAGCAGCCAUCUUGGAGAGCCACGGCAUCGAGGUCCAGAGUCCAGGCGGUCAGUCCAACAGCGACGAGGUGGAUGGCAACGACUUCCCCGACCAGGGCUGUGAGGUGUCCUUAUUUGACAAGAGAGCUUCGGCCAGGCAGUUUGGUUUCAGUCGAGCUGACCUGUCCUCUCCAACCCAGGUACCCACACUGCUCCCGAGCUGGUUUUCUGCCCUGGGUAGAGGAGGCUUGUCUGGACAGAGGGGCACUUCUUUGAUUGGCCGAUCCCUCCCCCAGGCGGAAGGUUCCAGAUUGACAGGUGUGUCCUGGUCUCCCCCCUCGCCCUCCCUCCAGGAUGAACCCACCAUUCACAGCGUGCUGUCUGAGCCCCAGGACCCAAUCGGUUUGGAGAAGGCGGCUGUCAAUCACAGCAACCAAGCCCAAGCCAAUCAGGUGGAUGUGGCGGGGUGCAGUAUUGGGAACGACAUCAAGACGGAAACGCUGGAGGACGACUGAAAUGGGUGGUGGAUAUUGGAGUUGUCAGAGUGAUGAGUGGAACACGAUCAGAGGUGUGUUAAUAUGCAAACAGAUUUU